UCAAGUGAUAACAAUCAUCGUUCUUCUUGGCACAGAGCAAUGGCUUGUCCGAAGCUCUUCUUGUCUUGUUUGUUGCUUCAGCUUGUGUUCUUGUUUCUUGUCCCUGAGGUCGCUCAGGGUCAGGGUCUCAAAGUAGGGUUUUACCAGAAGGCGUGCCCGAACGCAGAGGCGAUCGUGAAGGAGGUCAUCGGUCAAGUCAUGUCUGUCGCUCCGAGUCUCUCUGGCCCUCUCUUGAGGUUGCAUUUUCAUGACUGUUUCGUUAGGGGCUGUGAAGGUUCAGUACUAUUGAACUCUCCGACCCAUCAAGCCGAGAAGGACGCGCUGCCGAAUCUCAGCCUUCGAGGUUUCGAAACGAUUGAUAGAGUCAAAACGGCAUUGGAGAAGGCAUGCCCGGGCAUUGUCUCCUGUGCUGACAUUUUGGCCCUUGUCGCUAGAGAUGUCGUCGUAGCGACCGGAGGACUUACCUAUGAUGUGGAAACCGGACGAAGAGAUGGGAACGUUUCCAGUUUGGACGAGGCAGAUCAAAAUUUAGUACCACCUACGGCCAACAUUACAACUCUGAAAGCAGGUUUUGCAAGGAGAGGCCUCAGUGUGAAGGACCUUGUCGUCCUAUCUGGUGGUCACACCAUCGGAACUUCCCACUGCUCUUCCUUCACCUACCGCCUCUACAACUUUGCCGGAAAUGGCAAUGCGGAUCCUACGCUCGACUCCAACUACAUAGCCAGACUGAAGCUCAAGUGCAAGCAGAAUGAUCAAACCACCCUAGUUGAGAUGGACCCGGGAAGCGUAAGGACGUUCGACGUCAAGUACUUCAAUCUCAUCCUGAAGAGAAGAGGCCUUUUCAAUUCGGACUCCGCACUUCUCGAUGACAGCCAAACCAAGGCGUACCUUGAGUUGCAGGUCAAGACCGGUGGAUCCACCUUCUUCAAGGACUUUGGAGUGUCGAUGGUGAAAAUGGGUCGGAUUGGCGUGCUCACCGGAACAGCUGGUGAAGUCCGGAAAGUUUGUUCAAAGAUUAAUUAAUUGGGGAUCGACGAGGAAGACACAGGAUUGAGCAUGAAAUGAUUAGACAAUUGAUUAUUGUUGUUUCCUUUGUUCGUUGGUAUAUCAUUUGUUCUUUGU